AAACUUCAAAGUCACACCUUAAUCAAUACGGAGUACCACGUCACAAUUAAAAACCCGCUACUUAGAUUCCGGCACGCAAUCUCCUUCCUCUUAUUCUCUCUCUCUCCUCCCAUCUCAUCUCAUCUCGGCGCCCUGCUUGGCUCAUUCGUCGGAAAAUUAGCGUCGAAGAUGACACCACUCACCUUCGCACUCGCGCUAAUCUCACUCACACUCCUUUUUCCUUCUUCCUUCUUCAUCUCCGCCUCCGCCUCCGCUUCCGCCGUCGUCAAUUCUUCCGCUUCCGACCUCCUCCUUCACCAUCAGUUGCGCGGCGGAAGCCUCUGUCAUCAGCUCAUAAUUCCCUCCGGAUACCCUUGCUCCGAACACUCCGUUCAAACGAAGGACGGAUAUAUACUGGCUCUUCAGCGUGUGUCGUCUCCCUCUUCGGAUAAAAUAAGGUUGCGACGAGGUCCUCCUGUACUUCUUCAACAUGGACUUUUCAUGGCAGGUGAUGCUUGGUUUUUGAACUCAAAGGAAGAAUCUUUGGGAUACAUUCUCGCUGAUCGUGGCUUUGAUGUGUGGGUUGGUAAUGUGAGAGGAACACGGUGGAGUCAGGGACAUGUAUCUCUUUCAAAGAGAAGUAAGGAAUAUUGGGACUGGAGCUGGGAGGAACUGGCUCUGUUUGAUCUUGCAGAAAUGAUUGAGUAUAUAUAUGAGGAGACGAGCUCAAAGUUAUUUGUUGUUGGGCAUUCACAGGGAACAAUAAUGUCUUUGGCUGCUUUCACUCAGCCAGACAUAGUGAAUAAGGUGGAAGCUGCUGCUCUUCUUUCUCCAAUAUCAUACUUGGGGCAUGUUAGUGCACCACUUGUUCUUCGGAUGGUAAAAAUGUACCUUGACAAGAUGAUAAUCGCAAUGGGCUUUCAUCAACUUAACUUUUGGAGUGAUGCAGGAAUUCAGCUUUUGGAUUCUGUAUGCGAUGGCCAUCUAGACUGUGAUGACAUGUUGGCUUCUAUAACCGGAAAGAAUUGCUGCUUUAAUACCUCAAGGGUGGAUUUUUACCUUGAAUACGAGCCCCAUCCCUCAUCAGCCAAAAAUAUAAACCAUCUCUUUCAAAUGAUCCGCCAGGGUACAUUUGCCAGGUUUGACUAUGGGAUGUUAAAAAAUAUGAGACUUUAUGGGUCAUUCAGACCACCCAAAUUUGAUCUUAGCCUUGUACCUGAGUCAUUGCCACUGUGGAUGGCUUACGGGGGUAAUGAUGCCUUAGCUGAUGUGACAGAUGUACAACGCACUAUCAAGGAAUUGCCAUGCAAGAAAGAGGUUCUUUAUCUCGAUAGUUAUGGCCAUGUUGAUUUCCUCUUGAGUGUGAAAGGAAAGGAAGAUGUAUAUGAACAGAUGAUUGAGUUUUUCAGUGCAUGGGGGAAAUCGAGCAGCUUGUAAGGGGCUGCUGUAUUAUGUAUAUUCUGUAAAUUUUAUUGCAACACUAUAUUUAUAUCUUUGGGAGCAGAAGAUGACAUAGAAUGUAAGUUUCUCAUUUCCCUUUCCCCCAAGUCCUCAGUUGAGUGAGGUCAUAAAUUGAAACAAGUUAGACAAGCAACUCUGACCGGCUUCACGCUUUUAGUUUAAUCAUUGGUUUGACUUAUUGUGCCAAUGUCUCUA